AUUUAUUUUCAUUAGUCAUUGUAUUAUUUUAUUACCUGUCUUAAAAAAUUCAAAGCCGACUUCACAGUUCAUGGUUUGUCAUAGUUCUUACACUAAUUUGUCCAGUAAUUUGAAGGAAGGUGUCCAAGCCUAUGGAUUUAGAGAGAAAAUGGUAUUCGUUGGUCUAUCUCACCUUGAUUAUUGCAUUCGUACAUCUGAUUUUCACAUUUCUAUUCGCCCACAAACUCACUCUUUACAACCAUAAAGUCCGAAUCAAGAAGCAGCCUGAACUCCCUUUGCGAUUCCGCUCCGACGGGACCUUCAAAAUCCUUCAGGUUUAUAAACCCGAUUCGUAAUUUGAAAAGUCAUUUUCGUCUUUCUUGAUAUAUUUCCUUGGCACACAAAAUAUGGGUUCUCGUUUCUUUAUUUAAUUUAGUGGUUUUGGGAUUCCCUUUUAGGUGGCUGAUAUGCAUUACGGAAAUGGGUUGCUCACUCGGUGUAGGGAUGUUCUUGAAACUGAGUUUGAGCACUGUACUGAUCUGAAUACAACUCAGUUUCUAAGGAGGUUGAUUGAGGUUGAAAAACCUGACUUCGUUGCUUUCACUGGAGACAACAUUUUUGGGACUAGUGCAACUGAUGCAGCAGAGUCUCUAUUGGAAGCCUUCGGUCCAGUUUUGGAGUCUGGUCUUCCUUGGGCUGCUGUUUUGGGGAAUCAUGACCAAGAAUCCACUAUGUCUCGUAGAGAGUUGAUGUCUUUCAUCUCCCUAAUGGACUUUUCGUUGUCCAAAACUUAUCCAUCAGACGAAGACAGUGAAGACUCUUCCAUGCAUUAUAUUGAUGGGUUUGGGAACUAUAAUCUGGAAGUGUUGGGUGCUUUGGGUUCUUCUUUUGCUAACUGCAGUGUCCUCAAUUUAUAUUUUCUUGAUAGUGGAGACAGAGCUACUGUCAAUGGUAUUCGAACUUAUGGUUGGAUUAAAGAAUCUCAACUCGGUUGGCUUCGUGGUGUAUCUAACAAGUUUCAGGGAAAAUGUUUGGAUAUGAAAUCAGUUGAUAUCUCCCCAGCAUGGUUAAAUCCUCCUGCUUUAGCAUUCUUUCACAUUCCAAUUCCAGAAAUUCGUCAAGUGCCCAUGAAAGAGAUUGUUGGCCAGUACCAGGAACAUGCAGCUGUUUCAAUAGUUAACUCUGGAGUCUUCCAGAGCUUUACCUCCAUGGGCAAUCUGAAGGCUGUAUUUAUAGGUCAUGACCACACCAACGAUUUCUGUGGGAAGCUAGACAGUAUUUGGUUUUGUUAUGGUGGAGGUAUUGGAUAUCAUGGCUAUGGAAGGGCAGGCUGGCCAAGAAGAGCUCGUAUAAUAUUAGCAGAACUUGCAAAAGGUGAUAGGACAUGGACUGGCGUUGAGAGGGUUACAACAUGGAAGAGACUUGAUGAUGGGAAGUUAAGCCGAAUUGAUGAGCAUGUAUUAUGGGAUAGAUAUUCGUCUCAAUAGCUAGUCCUGCAGGUAUUUUAGACAAACCUCACAUUUCUUUAGUUUUGAAGAUGGUCAAGAGUCUAAUGUUCUGAAGGGAAGAGGAUCCGGUUCCUUUCACCACAGUAUGGGGCAGAGUUCAUGUAAGAAUUGAAGUCGCAUAGUAAGGCUAGUCAAAGAACUAAUGCUGCUGAAUCUUGAUGUUUUAGUUGCUCUGGCAGAGUGGCAGUUUAGUUGACAGUUUGAAAGUCUUAAGUUCAGCGUUUUAGGGGCGUGUAUCAAGUAAAUAACGUUGAAUGAAUAAAGGUGUAUAGAAGUGGUAAUUUUCUGGAACAUUCAAGCGAUUUUUAUAAAGUUAAGAGGACUUCUAUCUUUGAGCUUGCAUUAGCCUUUUUUUUGGCAGUGAGAAUAGCUUUGAUGAUAUUGCACAUGGUGUAGGAUGUUAAAUAAUGAGGUGACUGAAGUACAGAUUCUUGUUAGCUUGGUUGAAUAUAGACAUGCGGAGCAAUUUUUCUAGAGCUUUAGAAUGGUUUUAAAACCAAAAGAGAGACAAAUUCAUCCUAUUGGCAGAACUGGAAAAAGUUUCCUGUUAGCCUCCAUUUUAUGAUGUAUCUCAAGUUAUAGUAUCAGUUUAAACUGUAAUCAACAGAUUAACAGCAAUUUUGAACUGAUAUAUGAUCAGUUUUCCAAAUAUGCGCG